UGCUGCUUCUGGGUGGUCCCCUCCCCACCCCCAGCCCCGGGCUGCUUGGCUGUGGGACGAGGGCCAGGAUGGGUGAGUCUCCUGCUCCACCCCUGGCAGUACCUGAGGAAGGAGGCCGCCUUGCACGUGCGCAGAGACUUCCACCCCCGGGUCACCUGCGCCUGCCAGGAGCACCGGACCGGCACCGUGGGAUUUAAGAUCUCCAAGGUCAUUGUGGUGGGGGACCUGUCGGUGGGGAAGACUUGUCUCAUUAAUAGGUUCUGCAAAGACACCUUCGAUAAGAACUACAAGGCCACCAUUGGAGUGGACUUUGAGAUGGAACGAUUUGAGGUGUUGGGCAUCCCCUUCAGUCUGCAGCUCUGGGAUACCGCUGGACAGGAGAGAUUCAAAUGCAUUGCAUCAACCUACUACCGAGGAGCUCAAGCCAUCAUCAUUGUCUUCAACCUGAAUGAUGUGGCUACCCUGGAACAUACCAAGCAGUGGCUAGCUGAUGCACUCAAGGAGAACGACCCUUCCAGCGUGCUUCUCUUCCUUGUGGGUUCCAAGAAGGACCUGAGUACUCCUGCUCAGUAUGUGCUAAUGGAGCGAGACGCACUCAAGGUGGCCCAAGAGAUGAAGGCGGAGUACUGGGCAGUCUCGUCUCUCACUGGUGAGAAUGUCCGGGAAUUCUUUUUCCGUGUGGCGGCACUGACCUUCGAGGCCAACGUGCUGGCUGAGCUGGAGAAAUCAGGGGCCCGGCGCAUCGGGGAUGUUGUCCGCAUCAACAGUGAUGACAACAACCUCUACCUAACUGCCAACAAGAAGAAGCCCACAUGUUGCUUGUGAGGGACUGCCCAGCCCUGGGGCACUGUGCCACUUUGACUUGCCCGGAACUCUCUCCCUGGACAUCUGCACUGACUGUUAUUCCAAACCAAAGAGCUGCUGGUUGGUGGCAGUACCCCCAGAGGGGUAGUUGGGACCAUGCUAGUCACUUCCUGUCCCUGGGCACCUUACCAAAGACUGGAUGCCCCCUCGAUCCAGGGACUCCCCAGGGUGCCCAGUGGUGGGGAAGUGGUCCCUACCGCUUUUGCUCAACAUGCUGGGCCUUUGGGGUAUGAGGAUGCUAAAUGAUCCGAGCCUCACACUGUGCCUUAUGCAUUAAAAUCUCUGUUAUUAGCA